CGCUCGUGGCGUUCACUGCCGAGAUCACAGUUGGAUGUCGUAAAAUGUAAUGCAAAUCUACGCGCAAGAUAUGACAGCCAAGAUAUUCAUCGACCUCGCGACGCAGCCGUUUGUCGCCGACCUCGUGUUUCCAGAGGGACUCCCGAAAGGUGGAUUUGUGACGCUAUUUGUUGGAUGCUGUCAAAGGACUCCUCAACCUGGAAAGCUAGUUGACCACAUACCGCUGCAGCAAGGUGCCAGUUCAGAUUCACAAAUAUCAGUUGUGAGACGCACGUGUUACAACCAGACUUACACGGAAUUCUGUGAUGCAAAGAUUUAUGUGAGGCGUGAGGCUGACGAAAAUGGUGGUGAGAGUUUCCCCUGCAACCUUAGACAUUCUUUUGACUCUGGUGUGCUGACGGAGCAGGAACAUCGCAGACUUCACAUUCAAAGAGAAGUACCUGAGCUCUGUGGAGACAUCACACCCAUUCAGAAGGUUUGGGACUGCUGUGACUGCCAGUACUGUGGAGCCAGUACUGCUCCAAGAGAUCACGCACCACACGUUGAAGCUAAUCAUAGUGGAUUUGGGCAGUCCUGCAUAGUGUGUCGCCGAGCCUUCAAAAACGAAUCCACUCUUCUCAAGCACCUCUGCCUUCAUGCUCAAGAUGGCUUUCACUGCAGUGUCUGCAGGAAGGUUUUCUCCUCAAAGGAUCUAUGUAACAGGCACGUGCAAAGGAACGCAUGCAGCCCAACCUCUGGGCCUGAACCGGUGCGACGACUUGACGUGCUUCCGGCCGCAUUUUUUGAACCCAUUGUGGCGCUGGACCCUCAAACUGUUGCUAUUGACACAACGAUUUCCAACGUCAUUGCCGAAAGUCUUCAGGAUUGCACAAAAAGCUGUGUCGAGGCGACGACCAAUACCGUUGAUGUCACGAUGGAUGAUCCUUCAAGUGUGCAAGUCAUCGUGUCUCCGAAACAAGCUGGAAGCGGGCUUCAGCUGCUGGGAGAAGUUCGUGCUCGUCGGAAUCGAUUGCCUUGCCCGCACUGCCCCCGCUUUUGCUUUUCUCAGGCAGCCUUGCAGGUCCACUUGAGACGCAAGCACAUUAGCAAUGCACCCCUCAAGUGCCCCCACUGCCCGAAACGGUUCUUUGUCGACACUGUAUUCUACAAGCACCGCUCCAUCUGCGCGCGCAAAGGAAAAGGAAAGGGUGUCAAAGUUUAUGUGACGGAAUCGAAAAAUAGAUGGAACCGGCUCAACUGCGAGUACUGUGAUUUCUUCACUCACCGGUAUCAGAUACUGACGGACCAUUAUGCUGAAAAUCACCUGGAGCACGCCUUGAGCACAUGUGAAACAUGCCAGACUCGCUUCGCUCAUCAGGCUUACAUGUUGAUUCAUCAAGUUCAGGUACACCGCCUAUCGGAAGAAAACCAACCACAGGAAUGCAGCUUCUGUGACCUGACUUUAGACAGCGUAGAGGGGCUCAAAGACCACCUACUAGAGGUCCACCUGCCAGCUCCCAUUUUUCGCUGUUUUGAAUGCUAUGAACGUUUCUCCACAUAUGCCGCCGUGUUGCGUCACAGAAACGAAAAGCACAAUCCAAAGUCGUCCAAGUGCCCGGACUGCCCAAAGACGUUCAAGAAUGCCCUUGCUUGCCGUCGACACGUGCUUUACACCCACUACAGUUCACGUCUGGUGAAUGCCUGCAAGCUCUGCUUCAGGCGCUACAAGAACCUCCUCGAGCUUCGUUAUCACAUGGCGUUGUCGCACAUAAAUGAGCUAUCUGAAGAAGAGAAGGCAUCACUGGAGCCCUUGAAGAAACACUGCGCUCAGUGUGACUACGUGACCUUCAACCGGCGCAGCAUGGUGGCACACAUGCGUCGCAAGCACGGAGAGAUGCUCCAGUGUCAGCAGUGCCCGAGCCAGUUUGCCCAAAUAGCCGAACUCACACGACACCAGAGAUUGAAGCAUGGCUCUGUUGGCCGCCAGCAGUGUCCCCACUGUCCUCGUAGCUUUGUUUGCCCAAAACUCUAUGGAGUGCACCUCAGCAUGCAUCAGGAAGGUCGAGGCCACGAGUGCACCACAUGCAAGCGCCUGUUUGAGAGUGAGGCCAUGCUCAAGAACCACAGCGAGGCGCACGCAAGUGCCAGCAAUCGGCGUUGCAAAACCUGCCUUCGUUUGUUUGCCACUACGUACCACUUGGCGAAGCACGAAGAGAUGUACACCGCGCAAUCUCCUGAUGGCACAACGGUGAUGACUUGCCCAAGCAUACCUCCAAAAGUCAUUAAAGAGAGGAAAGACUGUCGAAAUUUCACACUCACGUGUGACCAGUGCCGUUUUCGUUUCAAGUACGAGAGCAGCCUGUCUGCCCAUAAGAUGGCAUUGCAUGGAAAGGGCCCGAAAGACAAGAAGUCAUACACCUGUGAGAUAUGCCAGGAAAGCUUCGUGUCCAUGAUGGGCCUGUCGGUGCACAUUCGCACGCACACGGGUGAGCGCCCAUUCUCCUGCAAAGAGUGCGGCGCCAGCUUUGGCCAAGCGAGCAUACUGCGAGAGCACACGGUCCUUAAGCAUAGCCGUGCCUUCCGGGAAACAUGCCCCCUUUGUUCCAAGGGCUGCGUGUCCAAAACAAAGCUGCGAAAACAUCUGCAGGCAGCCCACAAGGCACUUCGCACCUGUGCACAGCCUGCAGCACCCAGGCGCUCAACGUCCAGUGCUGCAUCAACUCCAGCUAGAGCAGCGCAAUCUGCCACUUCCGGUGACAUGGUCACCUACCUGUUACCAAACCUAGUGAACACUGAGGAAACAUACCUGGCAACAGAGGAAGAGGAUGUGGUGCUGCAGGAAGGUCAACUGCAACAGGGCAUGAUUACACAAGUACAGGGCAUGAUUCCACAAGUAGUGGCAGUGACCACACGACCUGAUGGGGCCAACCUAGGAGUGGCAGUAGACAACAUCAUCAAUCUGAUGGUGUGCGACACCCUAGUAGAGACUAACUGCAUUGAGCUGGCAAGCGAAGAACAAUACGUUGAAGAUCGUUGAUGGUGGCCAUUGGUAAAAGCUGCUGCAGUGAUCAUAGCGAUGCAACGACUUGCUGAGUUUAUUAUUAAUUUCUUUCAGGCCUUUUUGACUCUUCAGUACCUUAUCACAUGUGCUUAAGAGGUUUAAGAAAUUUGAAGCGUACAAUAAAAUAUAGUUUGGAUAU